UCCUGUCUGGUGUCUCCUCGUCUGCCGAUUUACGCGUCGCCGCUGACAGCGUCAUUGCGGCAACGCCAAGCGGCGAUCUACUCCUACGGCCCCCACACGUCGCACGAAGGGUAGGGUGGUUCUCCACCCCCAAAUUAUUAGUCACGCACAGCUUUGCUCAGGCGGCUCCGAGCGAAUCGCGUCGGCGUCGUUCGCUUGUUGUCACCGACGCGGUUGAUGCCCAGCCUCGGGAGAGAAAGAGACUCCGGCGUCGAUUUCUCCCUACCAUUAUCCGCGCCGCGAGAGCAACGCCCAGCGAAUUAUUCGCAUGUGUUUGAGUGUCCCUGCGCGAAAUCCCGAUUGAGUUUUCUCGCGAGAAUUGUCUCCGUAAAAGAUUUCCGCGGACGCUCGCCUUUGUCCUGCGCCCAAAUUGUGCCUAUUACAUGAUUUAAGGGAGGAUUGCCUGGACAUUUAAACUGAGUCAGCAGUGUCAAAAUGGCUUGGCGUUUCAAAGCGUCCAAAUACAAAAAUGCAGCGCCGAUCGUUCCCAAGCCGGAGGCUUGUAUUCGGGAUAUCUCCGUGGGAUCCUAUCAAACUUAUGGGAAUAAUAUAACAGCAUCCGCAGCAUUCAUGGCAUUCAAUGUUGAUCAUAACGGAUCCAGUCUGGCAGUAUUACCGCUGGAGGACUGUGGCAGAAAGAGCAAGACUAUGCCAUUGCUUCAUGCACACGCAGAUACCGUGACGGAUAUGGAUUUUUCUCCAUUUCAUGACGGCUUGCUCGCAACUGGGUCUCAGGAUUGUCUCGUAAAAUUAUGGCACAUCCCAGAAAGUGGCUUAGAAGAAUCCUUGUGCAAUCCAGAAUGCACGUUCUCGCACCGUCAGCGAAGAGUGGAAGCGGUAUGCUGGCAUCCUUCUGCCGAACAUCUUCUGACCACUGCAUCAUUCACCAAUCUCUCGCUCUGGGAUGUUCUCUCGCAACAGGAACUAUUUUCUAACAAUAGCGACCACACCGAAGUAAUUCAGUCUGUAAGUUGGAAGGAGGACGGUACUGUUUUAGCGACAUGCUGCAAGGACAAACAACUGAGGAUUAUAGAUCCGCGCGCAUCGCCGUGUAUCGUCAAUUCAUGCUCGAGCCAUCAAAGUAUUAAAGAUUCCAGAAUAGUCUGGUUAAACAGCGACCGAAUACUCACCACAGGAUUUGAUGCAGCAAGACUGCGUCAAGUUUACAUUAGGGACUUGAGGCAUUUAAAUGAGCCAGUGAAAACAUUGGAAUUAGAUUGUAGUACUGGUAUUUUGAUGCCGCUUUUCGAUUCCGACACAAAUAUGCUCUUCCUCGCUGGCAAAGGAGACACCACUAUUAUGUACAUGGAAGUCACAGACAGAGAUCCUUAUCUCGUGGAAGGAAUUCGUCACAGCGGUGAGCAAACUAAAGGAGUGUGCCUGGUUCCUAAACGAGCAUUAAAUGUAAUGCAGGCUGAAGUUAACAGGCUGUUACAACUCACCUCCAAUAUGGUGAUUCCUAUCAUGUAUCAAGUUCCACGAAAAACAUACAGAGACUUUCAUGCAGACAUUUAUCCGGACACAGCUGGUCCCGUUGCUCAAAAUAAUGCAACAUCGUGGGUUAAGGGUCAUAAUGCACCUGUGCCAAAGAUAUCGUUAGAUCCUGCUAAAAGAAACAAAGGCGAAGAUCCGAUUACUGUACACAAAGGGAACUUAGCGGCACUCAAAGACAAUCAGCGCGAAAUUAAAGUAGAACAAACGAACCGGCCACCGAAACCCUUGGUCAUUACUGGGCCGAAAGGAUUCUCAAAACCGCAGAGCGUUAACGUGAACGUGAACGUGAACGUAAACGAAAAUGACACCAAUAUGGAGAACGAUAACGAGAAGAUCGAAGAUUCGAAAAAGCCAUCCGAGGCAGAAGAAGAAAAGACCAAGAUACAGAAUGGAGGACAAACCGUUCCACCGAAACCUUUGCCGAGAGCAUCAAGAACCAACAGUAUCUCCGAGGAGGAACCAAAACCAGUAGCGCGUCCUCGUACAUCGCCAAAUCCCGGAUCAGUAGUUACAUCAGUGAAUCCUAAUGCAAUCGGCGGAUAUAAGCCCCGACUUGGUCCUAAACCAUUCCAAGCAAAGUCCAGCAGCCAGGAGUUUUCAUUUGACAAGGUCUUCUCUGUACCACUUGCACCGAAUAAUGACAGCAAUACCAAUGGUUAUCAGAAUGAAAUUAAUAACACUGUAGAGCAUAAUACAGAGGCAGAUAAAUCGCCGACCUUAACACCUAAUGAGCGCACAAAAGAUACGGAAAAUGGCAAGAGUGAUUCGAGUUCUAUCGAGGAAGACGCUAAUUCCAGUGACUCCGGUUACAAGCCGAAGACACCGAGCACCGCGGAAAGACGCAAAGUGUUCGAGACGAAAGUAAAGGACGAAUCGCCCGAGAACGAGGAUGUUGGGAAUUUCGAACGCGGCACGAAUAGAAAUUCAAUCGCCGAAAGGCGGCGCCUUUACGAAAGUCGAUCCGUGUCUGUCACCGAUGGGAAUUUGGCGGAAAAGGCAAUGGGCUCGCCGACCAUGCUGAGACGAAGAGAUUCCUUCAAGGCAAAGAGCGAGGUGAUUAAAGAAGACGAAACGAAGAAGAGCAUUCCCAUGUUGCGACAGCAGAGCAUGGAUCCUAAAUUGGAAAAGGUGGAGCCCGUUGUGACGCCAGCUUCGAAAAGGACGUCGACAGUUUUCGGAAGAGUGUCCAAGUUUCGCCACUUGAAGGGUACUCCGGGACACAAAUCUACACACAUUGAGAAUGUACGCAAUAUCAGUCGCCAAAUAUCCGGCGAGUGCGAUGGCUUUCAUGCUAAUCCCGAUCGAGUGGCUGUACCUUUGAGUGGCCCAGGUGGAAAGAUAGCAGUAUUGGAAUUGAAGAAAACUGGAAGACUACCUGAUGGAGUUAUGCCAGCAUUGGUUCACGGCGCGGCUGUAAUGGACUUUCAGUGGGAUCCGUUCGAUAAUCAACGACUAGCAGUUGCUUGUGACGAUGGAAUAAUUCGCUUGUGGGAAAUACCUGAGUCUGGUCUGGCGGAACCGACAAACGAACCGAAACACAUCAUAGAAGCCCAUACUGACAAGAUUUAUCUGAUCAAAUUUCAUCCACUGGCGUCAAAUGUUCUCGCAUCCGCUUCGUACGAUAUGACCGUCAAAAUCUGGGAUUUAUCGCUCUUGUCAUCUACCGAGACGGCAAUUGCGAAAAUCACGUUGACCGGUCAUACUGAUCAGAUAUUCAGUUUGGCAUGGUCACCGUGCGGUCAGUACCUUGCCAGCGCAUGCAAAGACGGUAAACUACGUAUCUAUAAACCUCGAUCGAGCGACGUUCCCGUGAAAGAGGGAAAGGGUCCCGUCGGAACGAGAGGGGCGAGAGUCGUAUGGGCGCUCGAAGGCAGAUAUCUCGUUGUAAUGGGCUUUGACAAAGUUUCUGAAAGACAGAUUUACGUAUUUAAAGCGGACAAUUUGAAUACUCCUUUGAACACUGUUGGAUUGGACGUCUCGCCUGCCAUACUAAUGCCAUAUUAUGACGAAGAUAGCUCCACGCUUUUCCUGACUGGACGUGGCGAUUCUACAAUAUAUGCAUUUGAAGUAACCGAGGAAGCCCCAUAUUGCUGUCCAUUGAGUCACCAUAGAUGCAGCAGCUUGCACCAGGGCUUGUCAUUCCUUCCGAAAAAUAAAUGUGACGUGGCUAGCGUGGAGUUUGCCUCUGCCUUGAGACUAACAAAUAACACAAUAGAGCCUUUAAGCUUUACCGUGCCCCGUAUAAAGAGCGAAUUAUUCCAAGACGAUCUCUUUCCCCCAACCAAAGUUAUCUGGAAACCGACUUUAUCCGCGUCAGAGUGGUUUAACGGUGGCAAUAAACAGCCGUCUAGAAUGAGUCUUAAACCACCUGGUAUGGAUAAUUUAACUGAGAAUCAAUCCCAAAGUGCAGUUACACUUCCCCAAAUUCCAACCAAACCAUCACCGACUCCUUUUGGUAUCACUACACAACCCUUUAGUAGAUUAGGAUGGAAUCCGGACAUUAAGGCAAAACAAGAAGAGAUCCAGAAAACUAUGAGCCAUUUUGUGGGAGAUGUCAUCCAGUGUUCACUAGAACAAGAUCACAUGGAAGGUGUCGAGGAACACGAAUGGGACGAGUGAAAAUUGAAGACUUGUGGAUAGAUGCAAACCGGUAAGGUAAAAAUCUAAACGUAAUAUUGUUCGAGCCGCGUAAAUUAUUUAUAAGUUAGAAUUAUAUAUCGCGCGAAUGGCAAGAAUAUCGCAGUGUUACUGUGUAUAGAGUGAGAGGCAGUUGUAUCUGAGAGAGAUAUACUUCCAACGAUUUUCUUUUGCGGAGGAAGUGAGAGAUAAGUACAGUGUUUUAUAUCAAUUUACAACAACUAAUACUCAUUUUUUCAUAAAUCUAGCUUAAGAUUUUGUAAACGCAUUUUUCAAUACAUAGAAAUAAGAGUUCAGGCCUUGUUAAACCACAUUAAUUUAAAGUGAAAAGAUAAACGAAGUAAAUGGCACAAGAGAUUUUUUAAUCUGGCGUAAAUCAAUACAAUAUUUGAUAUAGCGCAGUGUCGAUAUGAUAACACUGUUCUUAUAAAACCAAAAUGCGUGAUUAUAGCUCUAGUCCCAGAUCAUUUUUCUUUAAUCGCUGAUUUGUUUCACGUAUAUAUUUCUAGCUACAAAUAAUUCUAUAGUAUUCUAUAGUAUAUCACUGUAGAGAUUAUAUUAGAAGUAGGGAUAUGCUUAAUUAUUGUCAAGAGAAUUGAGAAACUUAUAAUACGAUUUGACAAUAGUUUCAUUCAUCUAUUUAAUGAAUAUCAGUUUGGAAGUUUAUUGGAUGAGUAAUUCUUCAUAGAGCAAAUAUACUAGUAUAUUUAUUACGCUUUUCAGUACCGAGUGUGAACGAUAUCAAUUGUGUCAGAGACAAUUAUUGACGAGUAUUUAAUUAUUCGCUCUAAAUAUUAAGUUCCCGUUGUAAACAAGAAAAACAAAAUUUGCAAUAUGUGCCAUUUGUGAAACGACAGACAAUGACAGCCAAUCUGUCGUUCAUAAGAAAAAGAAAAAACAGUAUUACGACCAAUAUUAUUAGGUCUUUAAAAGUAAUUUAUUUCGUGAAGUUUGUCGAAGUUGACAUUCCUUAUUUAACUGCCACACCAGUGCCAGACUUAUCUCCGUUUCGGCAAUGCCAAGUGUCAAUAAUGGUCUCAAUGUAUAUGUCAUAAUAUAAUCUAUCAUCGUAUAUGUGUGAUAAUAGAGCAAAUGACAGUCUCGUCGCAGAAUUGUGGGGCAGAGGUUUUUUACGGUAUCCUUGUACGCACAUACAAAAAGACAUUAUACAAAAUAACUGAUAGAUACGACGCGUAAAUAAGUAAUCGUAAGCCAGUAAUUUAAUUGUAUGGCGAAGUAUACUUCAAUUUACGUCUUGAUCGAUGAGCAUUGAGCACUCUGCAAGAUUCAAACAAUAUUAAUCUAAAAAAAAAAUGACUGAUCUUUUUUACGAUCUUUUCUUAUCAAAAUACUGAAUGUAAUGCCGAUUUAUUAAACGAUAAUCUUUUCAUACGAAUAUUCAGAUCAGAAUAUUUUAUCUCGCUUUUCAUAAUAAUGGUUUUUACAAACUAGUCGUUAUAAAAAAAAUGAUGGUACUAUGUCCUCCAAAAACAAGUUUUGUAAUUGACGAUAAAACGCUAAUUUUUCUUUGCGAAAAAUUUAAUUAUGAAUAUUAUAUGUAUAUAUAAACUUUUUCUUAUUUUUCUUUGCAUUUCGGCACGCAAAUGCAUUUGAUCAACAUAGUGCCAAAAAUCCAUUAUCAAUAGUAUUUUUUGUAUCUUGCACAUUUUAGACCUGUAAGAUGUCCCGAAACAUUCGAAAGUAUUAAGAAAUUUUCUAUACGUGUCAAAGGUAAAGAAUAAGACGAAAUUUGAUUUGUCGCUGCCAUUUAUGUCUUGUCCGUACUACUGACUUUAUAUUGCAUUAUAUUGAAAGGAGGUGUGAUAGUGUUGCAUAUCUUAAUGUAAUUUUUUUUUUUUAUUCGAUUAUUCGUAUAUGUUAUAUAUUGCACAAAAUUACAAUCCAUAUUUGUAACCGUUUUGCAGUUUUCAAGCAAGCUCUAUCCGUUUACGACCAGAUCAUGAAUAAUAAAGCGCGAUCUUUUACAGCACGAGAUUUGAGAUGAAGAUGCAUAAUAAAAAAAAAAAAUAUAUAUACGAGACUGAACGUUUCAUGACAUUCGAGAUCUCGUGCUCUGUAAAUCAUUGCUGUCUAAAUAAUUUUAUCAUAUAGUAAUGUACCUUUAUAUCUCAAUCUUAUAACGUUCAUGUAUUUCAGCUAUAAAACCUUUUUAUCAAAAA